CUGGGCGGGAAGGGAGGUCGUGGCGGCGGCGGCACGGACAGCAGCGGCGGCGUCGGCGGCCGUGGGGACAGCAGGCAGGAGGGGAGUGCUAUCAGUUAGGCCGUCAGAGAAAUGGGAGACCCAGGGUCCGAGAUGGUAGAAUCUGUCCCUCCAGCUGGGCCCGAGGCAUCUGAGUCCACAGCGGAUGAAAAUGAAGAUGAUAUUCAGUUUGUUAGUGAAGGACCUUUAAGACCCGUUCUUGAAUACAUUGAUCUGGUCAGCAGUGAUGAUGAAGAGCCUACCACCUCUCAUAGUGAUAGAAUGCCUGAGUCUAAGGUGCCAUCCUCUGAGAAUCAUCGCCCAGAAAUGUGCUCUAGCUGCAAUGUUCCUCUUCCCAUUGGAGACAGCAGCUCCUCCUCUGGGAGUUGCACCAGCAGUCCACAAAGGAUAGUUUCUCAACCUCCUUCUGUUGAGAACCCAUUGGAGAACCAGAAAAAUGAUCAAAACAAUUCAGAUAUUAAGAUCUCUGAGACAGAGACACUUACACCAUCACAAAAUUGUCAGACUCUGCCUUCAUCUCCACUUGCGGUCCCCCAAGAAUCUUUGGCUUCUUCAGAGGUCAAGGAGGAUUUACCUCCAGAGUCUUCAGCUUCACAGCAUGGACAGGAUGCCAUCCUCUAUCUCCAGACACAAGUGGCUGAGAUGUCCCGAGUGAUACGUGAUCUUCAGUCCAGGAGCUGCUUCAGAUUUCAUCAUUCUAGGUCAGGUGAGAACAACUCAGUUCCUUGGGACAUCUCCACUUCCAAGGAAGAAAAUUUAUCCACAGUUGAAGAAGAAGGUGACUGCAAAUCCCCCUCAGCUGAUGACAAAGGGCAGCCAACUGAUCCCAGUCAGUCUAGUUUCACAGGUCUUUUGAAGAGAAUGGAACAAAGAGGUGUUAUAAAGAGAGUAACGUUACAAUCUGAAGCAGAAUCGUGUGACGGGAAACCUGAUUAUGUGAACUCUAAGAAACGUUUGGUUCCUCCAUUGCAUCCUCUUCUGAGAAUUGCCACCACUGAAGUUUUUAAAGACCCUGCUGAUUGCCAUCCUUCAUCCUUCAUGGGACACAGAGUAUAUCCUGUGGCCAAGGAUACCUCUCCCUUUCAACCAAAUCCACCAGCUGAGGGCCCCAUUGUAGAAGCAUUAGAGCAUAGCAAAAGAGGAAGUACAACAUCUCCUCUAGAUUCUACCUCAAAAGAAAUGGAGGUCAUGGGUUGUAGAUUCUACCACGCAGCUUCCAUUGCAGCCCGAGCUGCUAGCUACAUGGCCUAUAUGACUCAAUAUCAGCGUAAACUGUGGGAAGACAUGGAAGAUCUGGUCCAUGACCCAGAGUUUGAUCGUGGAAAAGCAAGAUGUAUAAUAUCUGAUGGUAUGGAUGCAGGCCUUUGGCAACUUUGUACUACUAGGGACAUAAUGGACUCUGUAGUCAGAGUUAUGGCAAUGGCAGUAGACUACAGAAGGCAAGCCUGGCUCCGACUUACAUCUCUCACUAAAAAAACCCAGGAGAAGAUCUCACACUUGCCCUUUGAUGGUACUUCCCUCUUUGGACAGGAUGUGAAUGCUGUUGUUGCUGAAGAAAACAGUAUAAAAGAAAAUGACUAUAAAGACCACAACAAAUACUAUAACCAACAUCGAUAUUUUUAUAGUCAUGAUCAGAAGGCACAUUACCACAAUAGAGGAUACUCCAAAGGGGAUUGGUACAAACCCCGAAACCACCCCUAUAGAUAUAGAAAAAAGGGAGACUCUCCAGAACGCCAUGGAUACAAGAAUUAAUAGCCUAUUUUGUUCAGCAUUGUAGCCAUCCAACAUCCUACAUAUUUUACUUGUUUCUCCUGAUUCAAACAGGAUCUGCAGGUAGGAGGUCACCUCAAAAACAGUGUAUGUCUGGAAUUGCCACAGCUUACAUUUGAAUUCUCGUCUUUUGGAAUGAAGUGUAUAAUAAAGAGAAUCAUACUUAUUGGCCAAGUGAGCAGUAAAGACUUCCAUCAGAGUUGGACAAAAAUUUACCCAUUAUUUCUGGUCCAAAGUAAGUGCAGAAGAGGGUACUCAGGAAUCUGAAUCCUCUUGUGAUUAAAGAAAAAUAUAAAGAUUUGUUCCUCAGGAAAAUCUUGCUGGUAAACUGAGGACUAGCAGAUUUUGGAUCUGGAUAUAACCUACUACUAGAUUUCUGUUUAACACCAGAGGCAAAUUCUUUGUUUUUAGGUAAUCAGUGCUUCCUUGUUCAGGCAACCGCUUUUCAGAUCUUCACAAAAUGACAAAUCUGUCACAAUUUUUUUAUGUCAGGAUGAGUCCAUACUACUCUCAAGCUCUAUGAGACUUCAAAACCAACAAUGAAGCCGUUUAUCAAGAAUGGAAUUCAAAUCAAAUUUUGCCAAAUCCAAUUUACUUCUAGUGGGAUGGCUAGACGUCACAGGUGUACUGUGGACACCAGCUGGAAAAAGACAUUUCUACUUGUAACAUCUCUGUAGAAAUUUUCACAGUAACUAUCUUCAUCAAGACUGAUGGUUAUCACUCCAAGUUACAUGUGAGAGGAUUCUUUGUUGUCAUCACUUAUAGGUUUUUGACCUCUCAAGCUAUGAGAGCCGAUACUGGUGUUCUCUCAGUAUAAUCUGGGCCUUUCACCAAGAUGAUCUUAAACCUACCUUCUAAACAGUUGACUUUUUUGAGCUGGAUAAUUCAUCACACUCUAAAUACAAAAAAGAUAUGUACAUUAGUGCCCUGGAAAUAAAGGAUGUUACGCCAUCCAGGCAUGAAAAUCUGAACUCUUAAAAGAGCAAGAAUUUCAAACAUGCCUGAAAGUCUAGUCCUCUUAUUGUAAUAAAAAGGGAUGCCAUCAAUCAAUGUUACUCAGAAAUCCUUAAGAGUUAGAGUAUAACCGUGGAUGUAGUGAAGAGAACAUCUCACACAGUUCUGUUUCUGGAUCUCUAUUUAAAUCAUGAUAUUCAUUAAUGAUUUUUUGAAAGUCUGAAAUCAAGACGUCAUUGACAUGUUCUUGGUUUAUUGGUCCCUUAAUCUAGUCAGACUCUUACCAUGAGAGACAACUUACCUUUUUGCUCCUGAUUAGUUCAAUUAAUAGUUCACCAUACUGGAACUGACAGCAGAUACCUCAGUUACAUGUCCUACAGUAUCUUUUUAAUCUCAAGGCAGUGGCUGUGCAGUAUACCAGCUUUUAGAUCUUUGUUUUUGCAGCAUGACUUCAGAAAUGGAGAAAAUGUCAAGUUUGAGAGGUCCGAAUACCUCACCUAGUAUUAUUGCUUGGCAGACAUUUUUUUAUCAAAAGACAUAAUUUUGUAACUUGUUUUUCAACAUGUACACAUCUAUAUUUUUUUCAUCUGCUUGGGCAAAGUAUAUUGGGUCUACUGUUAGAAUAGAACACUGUUUAAGGGUUCAUGUGGUUUCUUUUUUCGGCCAUAGUUUUUGCAUAGUGAUAAUUGACAGUUUCCCUGGUGCCCCACUUUUUAAUGAUUUAUUGGAGCUCAUUCUCCCUCCCAUCAUAAUGAUAUUCAGCACCCUUUUUAUCUUCUUUUCCUAUUUGUACUAUAGAGGUUGAAGAGGCAAAUAAUACUACUUGGAAGAAGUUAUUUUGUCAGAUAAUUUCAGGGUGCUGUAUUGGUCCUAUAUGUAGAUUAUGCCUAAACUGCAGUCUUGAUUGAGGAGAUCAUCUUGCAUACUUGGUCAAGUUAUAUUUAGAGUUAACAUUUACCUUGAUUUCUCUAUUUUCCACAAAAUUUUACUUCUGCUUUUUAAGGUCCAUGCCAGUGCUCUAAGAACUCUCUUUCAAAUUGAACUCUAGAGGAGCGUUGAUUAACUACCUGUAAAGAAACAAGGGCCUGAGAAAUCGUACAAAGAUUUUUAUAGUUCAUGUGUACUACACCAGUCAGGCAGUCUCAUGUGGCUUUGAUAUGACACUGUAGUUUCUUCUGUGAAAGGACUAGCCACUGGGGAUCUCAUUGGAGAGAGUGAGACCUCGGAACUGUUCUAUAGGCUGCACAUAGGUAUUCCCAAUUAGUUAAGGCUACUUCAGACUGUUACCACUUUUCUAUUUCUCUCUUUUCCUUCCCUGAAUUAAAACUUGGUUACAAACUUGAUGAUUUUUGAGGUACUCUCAUUUCCCAGAAACCAAACCAAAUAAAUGAUGGUUGAAGAUAAUGAUUCUUUGAAACUGCUUUGGCACUUCUGCUUAAAAUGCUCCUCCUCUUUAAUUUUUCUAUUUUUUAUUGUUAAAAAACACAACAUAAAAUUUAUCAUCUUAGCCAUUUUUUAGUGUACAGUUCAGUAGUGUUAACUAUAUUUACAUUAUUGUGUAGCUACUCCUUAUUUAUAUAACAGCAUUGCUAUUCUAUUUUGUGUUACAUUGCUCAGUAAUAGAGAUGAAUAGCAUUGCUUUAUCACUAAUUGGUAUGGCCAAGCCUCCAGAGAAUUUUUCUAAAAGUAAGAACAUAUUGGGAAAUUAUUGAAUUCAAGUAGGUAAUUUCUGAAGGGAUUUAACAGGGGUAGAAUGCUGUAGUGUGGAAAGUUUUUAGCUGUGGAUUAGUCUCGACUACAAAAGAAACAGUAUCCUUAACCUGUUUUUUAUUUUAAAAUCUUUCUCUGGCAUACUUGAAUGACGAUGGUGUUAUAAAACUAAAAAUGGGGACUCUUGGUCUAGAGAGACAACCCUGAUAGUGUAUGGAACUCAUAAUUAGAUAAUAAGUUUUCAUAUUGGGCUGGCCAUGUGCAGAGCCUGUGACAAAAUCAUUAGGCCAACCUCUUAUGUUUAAAUACUGAUAGGUUUUUUUAGAAAGCCUUGGAGUGAUUGCAAGUUUAAUGAUUUGCUAUUAUCAAAAGGGAAGUGUCUGAUGACCCUUUUUCUUCAAAAUGUUAUUUCCUGACUAGACAUAAGGUGUAUGUGGUGACAAUAUAAUUUUUUGUAGUUACCGUGUAUAGGGAAAUACUUUUUCCAUUAAUUUUUAUAUGAAGUGCCUUUUUAAAUUUCACACUAUUGUUUAAAACAACAUUUUGAUGUCUUGCCUAUGUUGCUGGUGAUAUGUGAAUUUUGUACAGUGAUUUUUAAUCUUGUAGUUUAUUCAUAAUUUGUACAAUUGCACUAUCUAAAUGUACUCUCCUUCUAAAUGUUAGUUUUCUUUAUAGCACUGUUGAUCUAUUUCAGAAAGUUGUAGACUAUAUCCCUCUUUUAUUUAAAUACUUCAUUGUAGUUCAUUUUAGUUAUUAGUGAUUAGCUCAGUUUUUGGAUAUUAAGGCAGCUGUGUUUUCUAUCUGUAGGUUCUAGACUUUCUGAUUGAGUCAUUUGUUUCUAGCGAUGGUAGCAACUUUGAUAGGUGAAUGUUCUUGGUAAGAAGAAACAAGGACAUUGGUAAAAAUUAGCAAAUUUGCUGACACUAUCUUUUUUAAAAAAACUGCGACAGCUUCUUUAUCAGUGUAAUUGCAUUUAAACUUUAACUGUGUAGCAGUGUCUUUAUCAGUAUAAUUCCAUUAUUAGUCUUCAAAAUGACAUUUUGAGAGGAGCAUAAACUCUUUUAGGGUACUUGGAUACUAUUUAGUAUGUUACAUUAGUACUAUACUAAUAUACUGAAUGAUGCCUAAGUGGCAUGAUUGAUAAUGUCCUUAAGGUCCCAAUACAUCUAAGAUAACCUCUCAGGUACUAUAAGCAAGGAGAUUGGAAUAGAUAUAAUCCAGAAUCUCUUCUAGCUAUAAAAUGGAUACACAGUUAAAUGACAUGAAUGAACAGUUAACAAAUGCCACAUUUAGUAUUUUUGAGGAUAUAAUUGAGUGGGAUUCUGAUGAAGGCUAGAAAUUAUGGAUUAGAUCUUUGUAGAAAGUUUUAAAGAUUGCAAUAAUUGAAUUUUUUUUAAUGUGAGGCAUGUUUUGCCUGUGCCUUGCACUAUUUAAUUUCCCUUUUAAAAUUUAUCAUUCUUUACUUAAUGUUAGCAGCGAGUCCAAUAAUUGUCACAUAUAUGCAUCUUAUGUAUGUUGUUCAAUUGACCAGAUCCAUUCUAUAUAGUUUUUCAUUAGUGGAUACACAAACCAAGCAAUUCUUCAUUUUUCACUUAAGAAAAUAUACAGAUGUUAUUGGUAAACUGAUGAUAAUCACUGUAUUGAAUGCAAAUAUUUUAGUUAUUUUUUUCAGCUAAACGAGUUUUGUAAGCCAUUAAAAUAUCCUUUUAUUGGAAUUUCCCUUCCUUGGUGAAUGAUGAAAAUACUGUUUUAUUAAAUCUUUUUUUCUCAUUGCUUAGUGGGUGAUAUUUUUAUACUACUUUGUCUUUUCAUUUGCUUGAUUUUAUAGUAAUGAAAACUUUUUUUAUAGUGGUUUUUGAUACCACUGAGAUAUCUUAUUACUGGAAAUUAUGUUUGCUUCCAGUUGGAUAUAUCUGGAAGUGGUCACAGUCCAACUGUAUCUUUUUGGCAUUAUUAUUAUCAGUUAUUUUAUUGUAUUGAUCUUCCUCCUUAUGUAAAAUCUCUUUUUAGAAGGAUGUCUGAUCUUCCCUUUAUCUCUUUGUUGUAGAUUAUAGUUUUUAUUCUACCAGUAUAUACUAGCCGGGAUUUUGAUGUGGCUUUGUGUUUGCAUAUUUAAAUACAAUGCCUUCAGCAUUGUAAGAGAUUUUCUAGUUUUCUCUUAUAAUGUCCUUUUUUUUUUUUUUUUUUUUUUAAGUAGCCAGUCCAGUCUCUCAAACUAUUUUCCUGGCUAUUAAACUUUCAUAAAUUUUUAAUACCUUCUUCUUUAAUGGUAGUAUUAUUUUCUCAUUUUGAUAUAUUCCCACAAAUGUAUUGUUACAUAUAGUUUAUGGUCACUUGCAUCUUCACCAUGAAUUUAUAACAGCUCUGACAUAUACUGUAUCUUAACGUUAGCCAGUUUUCUUUUAAGUCUUAAGGGCUUUACUGGUUUUGUUGUGGUAACUGUCUAUUUCAAGUGGUCUAUUAGAUUUUCUGAUGCCUUGUUAAGAAUUCAACAAGAGUUCUCAGGUUUACUGGACUUACGUUUAAGAUUUUGGAGAUCUCUCAAGUAGUAUUGUAUUUUCUAAUAUUCCUGAGUAUAUUCCUUGGUAGAGAUGAAAGUAAAUGCUUUCUGUCUGGUAAUAAUUUAAAAUAUUCUCCUUUGAUCUUAAAUGCUUUAAGUGUUAUUGUGUUAUGAGUUUUGUUAGUAGUCUCUUUAUAAGACUAACUUUUAUAUGCUAUUUUUGUCCCAGGAGCUAUCAUAUGUUUCCUGUUUUUUUCCAUUACCCAUAAGAGUGGUUCUAUCAUAGCAUUCAGUUUUAAGGGCUAAGUUAGACCUCUUGUUAACUCCCAUUUUUACCUGUGUUGGCUGUUUCACGCUACCUUGAUUUAUAUAUAGUAGUGUGCUAAAAUAACUUUGUUUGUGGCCCCUUUAUAAAACUGCUUUUAAUGAAUGAGGUAACAAUGAUGUGAAUGAUGGAGAGACAUUUUUUGAGUCAUUAAACAGUUCCAGAUUUUCAUUUCUCUUUUUUUAAACAUUUAUUUACAUUACGCUUCCUGCUGUUGUGCAGCCUGUUCCUUUCUGUCUUAGGUAGAAUAUAGUUAUUCUGUAAUUAGUCUCAUUUAGAAUCUUAGAGUUGCAUGCAUGUUGAUCUUUGUUUAAUGUCUUAUAAUAAUGCCUAUUUUCAUUUACUUUUGGCAAAAAUAUUUGGACAGAUCUUAGAAGCACCUUGGUAGCCUUGGGUCGAAUUGUCAUCCUCUUGCCUGGGAAGGAAGUAGAGUAGAGAACCUUCAUUUAUACUACACUUGAUCCUAGCCAAGAGGCCAAGAAGCGAUGAGAACCUUCAUUUAUAGAGCUUAUAUUUACUAUGCUCUGAGCUAGUUGCAAGGCACUCUUGAAGCAUAAAUUCACCCUUAUUUUGCAGAUGAGGAAAUAAAAUUUACCAGUAAGUUACUUUCUUAAGUGGUGGAACUGAGCUUUGAAAAUAGAUUCUGUUCUGUCAGUCUCAAUUCAACAUUGUACAAGGCUGCCUCCAUGUGUUUGUCAAGGCUCAACUUAAAUUUUACCUCUCUGAUAAGCUAAUUUGACAUUUGCUAAUCUUAGUCUUCCCUGAACUUUGUGUUUAUGGCUGUACUUUCAUCCCUUAGUACUUGAUGUCUUAUAUUAACUAAUUUCUGGUUAUUUCCUUCUUAGAUCAAAAACCUAACCUCUUAGUUUUUCAACUGAAGUUUCACUGUGAUGAACUAAGAUUAUUCUGUCUUUGGCUUCUCUUACAUAUAUUGCUUAUUUGCAUUCCAUUUAUUUUUGGUAUUGAUUAUUUUUAGUUUUUUUGUUUUUUUUUUUUUCCUACCUUUUUGUUUGUUACACUUGUUUUGUUUGAGAUAAACACUCAAUUUUUUUACUGGUAACUAGAGUGUUUUGGCUUAAUGAAAGGAAGGUGGAAUGAUACAAAGCACAUGGUAUUUGAAUGCCAAACACCUCGAUCUGCGUAUUAACAAGUCACUCAUUCUCUGAGUUCAUUUUUCUACUCUCACGAAGUAAUGCCCACAAAUACUUUGAAAACUCAAAAGCCUAACAUAGAUUUCCUUUCUUUAGUAGUUGUGCUGUUUCUAUCCAUAUUCCUAGAUUUGUAACUGUGGGAUGGUAUUAAAUAUAAAUACAGAUACAUUUGAAGAUGUAUUUGAUAGCAUGUAAUAGUUCAUUUUAUGUCAUCAGAUCAUGUUCCCCUUGUUUGCAGGUUUUUUUAAAGGCUGAAUCAUUAAACUAUAUUACAAGCCAACAGUGGACUAAGUCAUCGAAAGACAUAUAAAGUAAACUAAUCUUUUCUCAAGUGCAAGCUAAGAAAUGUUCAUAGUUAACAAUUAAAAAAGAAUAUAGAAUGAAGAGCUAGGAUAUAUAGGUAUGUGUAUACAAUUUUUCAUGGUAUUUUGUCAUUUCGUGUCAAUGUUGGAAACAAUCUUUUCAUUUGUCAAGCAUCUUUUUCAAUACUUGCCACAUACAGGCAGGUACUGAAGAAGGUCUGGAGUUACUGGGAGUUAAUAAGAGGUGGUAUAUUCUCUUAAGAAGAGAAAGAAAUACCAGUAGAGUGUAAUUAUCCUGUUUAGAGGGAUGUCUGUGAUGAGGUUGGAACAAAAGAGAGGGCCAUCUAUAGGGGUCAAGGAAGCUUUUCUUACCAAAUUCUUGAGCUGAGGUUUGGAACAUGAUUAGAGAAGAGGUAGGUGGAUUAGUGGAGAAAUAAGAGCCAGGCAUUCAGGCGAAGGAAUCAGUGUGUGCAUACAAGGGCAUAAGGAACAUCACGUUUCUGGUUUCAGAUACAUUUAUGAAAUCAGAAUUGGAGGAGAUUAAUCUGAAAAAAAGGAUACCUAUGAAAAUAUAUUGGUUCCUACAAUUCCUACCUAUUCAAAGUGUACUGUUUGUGUAGCCUUUACUUGUAAGGUUAUAGAAAUUGUCUACUGGUUGGUUUGUUCCAUAGUCCACUAUAGACAUCCAGAGCAAUUAUUUUUCUUCCCUGAACUGAGCCAAUCAAUGCACCUCUAGCCCCAAGGGACAGACAAGACAGUUCAAGCAUUGAAAUAGAACUGAGGUACUGCUAGAGAACAACUUUGAAGAUGAACAGGAUAAUGUCACUAAAGUGGAAUGUGACAUCUCAUUAUGGGUGUAUAGGACUGCCUAUGGGCAGAGUGUACUCAGUGUAGCUAAGUAUGGGUAAUUUCCUUCUAUGUUGGUUUAAGAUAACUUGAGGGUACACUUGGGGAAAAUGAAGAUAUUUCUAAAAAUGUUUUGUUGGAGUUUGGAGGUAUUGUAUUGAAGAAGGACUUGUGAACCUUGUGCCAGUGGUAUCUCCAGCAGCACCCAAAACACAUUUUGUUAACUUCGUUUGUCGUUUUCUUAGGUUUGUGUUUCUUUCCUUGCUGCUGUUGCCACUUUCACCUUUUCACUCCAUAAUUCAUCCUUUUUCUUUCUGUGCCAGAGGUAGAGAGCAGUAGCACGCAAGGUUGAAAACUUUUAACUCCCCUUUGCUUUGCUUUAUAUUCAGAGAUAUUUAAAAAUUCCUUUAACUUCUUGGGUCACAUUUAUUUAUUUUUGUCCUGUACUGAAGGAAAAUCAAAGUCAUUCUUCCUAGAGGGCGUUUUUAUAAAUAUAGACAUUGGCAGUUUACCUGAAAGACAGCACAGAAUUAAUCUGAUUAACAGGUUUGGUGGUACUCGCCUUCUUAACUGACUAAAGUACUUUACAGAAUGGAGUAUAUCUGUAUGUAUGUUUUAAAUUUGUUCAUAUAAAUCAGAUGUUCUGUGUACUUUGUAUUUGUAAACAAUAACCACUUGGGGGUGGGAAGGAGAUUGUACAAAAGGGUUGUUUUCUGGUUCCAAAGUUUUGCUGCUGGAGAUGGUAAAUAAACAUUGUACUGCUUUGCUGUGUUCAUCUCUUCUACUCUUAUCUGUAUUUGAAUAUAAAAUUUUUGAGAAAAA